GACGAGCAGCACAGAUUCUCUGAAUCCGGGAAUAUUAUCCGGGAAUAUCCGGGAUCGCAUGCUGUACCUUUAGGAUUGUUUUUAGCGAAACAUUUGUGCAGCAUAUAGAAUGUUAUAGAAAUCGAAUGGGUGCGUAAAGCCGUGCCAUGCAGGGGAACAGCAGCGCGUUGGCACCGGGUUUAGCGUCGUGCGGUCCGGCGCUGGACGAGGGCUAUGCGCUGUCGAACCGGACUCUCCAGAACCUGUCGCUCCGCUGCUGGCUCCAGCUCCUCUCCAAAGAGUCCGCGCCGGAGCUCUACGGCGACAGCUCGAGCGUGGCCAUGCGCGUCGUGAUCGCGCUCGUCUACCUGAUCGUGUGCGCACUCGGGCUCGUCGGGAACCUGUUGGCGCUUUACCUGCUCCAGUCGCGCCACAGACUCAAGCAGUCAUCCAUCAACUGCUUCGUCAUGAGUUUGGCCGUGACAGACCUGCAGUUCGUCCUGACCCUUCCGUUCUGGGCCGUGGACACACUUUUGGACUUCAGGUGGCCGUUUGGAAAGGUGAUGUGCAAGAUCAUCAGCUCGGUGACCACCAUGAACAUGUACGCGAGCGUGUUCUUCUUGACGGCCAUGAGCGUGGCGCGCUACUGCUCUCUGUCCUCUUCCCUACGGAUGCAGAGUCCCAAAACGGCCUGGGCCGAGGUCAAGUGGGCCAGCUUGGGGAUCUGGCUCGUGUCCGUGGUGGCCACCAUCCCUCACGCGGUGUACUCGACCACGGCGCAGGUGUCCGACGACGAGCUGUGCCUCGUCCGCUUCUCGGACUCCGGGAGCUGGGACCCGCAGCUGCUGCUCGGUCUCUAUCAGACACAGAAGGUCCUUUUGGGUUUCGUGAUUCCGCUGGUCAUCAUCUGCGUUUGUUAUCUCCUCCUGCUGCGCUUCGUUCUGCGGCGGCGCGUCAGCGGCAUUCCCGGCUCGGAAAGCGAGAGAGGGCGGCACAAGCGACGCUCCAAAGUCACCAAAUCCGUCACCAUCGUGGUUCUAUCGUUCUUUCUGUGCUGGCUUCCCAACCAGUCGCUGACCCUUUGGGGAGUGCUCAUCAAAUUCGAUCUGGUGCCGUUCAGUAACGCUUUUUACAACGCGCAAGCUUACGCGUUCCCUAUCACCGUGUGCCUGGCGCACACCAACAGCUGCCUGAACCCGGUGCUGUACUGUCUGAUCCGACAGGAGUACCGCACCGGCCUCAAGAAACUGCUGUUUCGAGCCACUCCGUCCAUCCGGAACCUGGCCAAACUGGUGUCCAGGAGGAAGAAGGUCGCGGAGGCUCCGCCUGGAGUGGCUGUGGUGCAGAUGGAGAUCGGGAUGUGACGCCGUUACCAUAUUAUGGAAAAAUAACUUUUUGAACUUUUAAAUGCAUCAUCGAAUGCCUCUGCAACAUGGAUUUAUCAGACAUUGAUGAUUUGAAAUAGCAUUGCAUAUACAGUUGGACACACUUAUUUGUCUUUUAUAUCUAUCUAUCUAUCUAUCUAUCUAUCUAUCUAUCUAUCUAUCUAUCUAUCUAUCUAUUUCUUUUUUAAAAUUAUUUAAUUGGUGAAUUAAAGCAGAUAGUGACGUAAACGCAUUAACAAAUGUCCAGAAGCAAUGCAAAAAUGAUAUUUGUUUCCGUUCCCAACUGUAGAAGUUUAUCCAACUAUGAAGAUUUCUACUUCUGAGAAUCUUUAAAAUUUGAAAAGAGUCCAUUGUUCUAAAAUGUCAACAAUAGGCUAUUUAAACGAGAAUGUGUGUUCACUUCAAACUCCUGACUGACACAUUUUGUUCCCGCCAUCUCAAACAUCUCUAAUCCGUGUUUACAAAAGCUGAACUUCGGGACUAUUAUUAUUCUCUCCUCUUGGGGGAAAAAAAGGACAGAAAAAUAUUUACUGUACUUCGAACCUUUAGACUUGUACAAUGGCAGUGUAAAUAAAACCGUUUCAAGCAAA